GAAAGCGCGGCCCUGGUACACUUUACUGCACGGAAAGUUAAACUCGACUGAGAUUUUAAAGUGUUUAUUGAACACUGUCACUUACUUUAUUUAUUUUUAUAGCCUUUAGUUUGAAUCUAUAGUUUCGUCGGAUUAAUCCUGUAUUUUUUCGUGUUGUCGUGCCCUGCUGACAAGUAAAUACCAUGAAGCUGCGUUCAAUUAGUUCAGGCUGAUUAUGAGUUUUGAGUGGUCAGUAGGUUUAAUAUUAGCUAAACUUUGUGAUUAAAGCCUGUUUAUUUCAAUGCGGUUGGAGACACGAAGUCCUCAGUAGCCAAAGAGCUUUUGGGAGCAGAAAGACAACUGCUGACAUUAAGGUUAGGGUUGGCGCUCUCAGGAAACCAACAAUAUGCCGAUUCCUCCUCCCCCACCACCCCCUGGACCUCCACCUCCCCCUACCCUUAGCCAGGCAAACACUACCCCACCGAAGCGCUCUCGUGAUGAAGCUAAAGGAAGAGGAGCCCUGUUGUCAGACAUAUGCAAUGGGACAAGGCUGAAAAAAGUCGGAGCUGUCAAUGACAGAAGUGCACCCAUACUUGAGAAAUCUGGAGGAGGAGGAGGCGGUGGAGGAGGAGGCGGAGGAGGAGGCGGUGGAGGAGGUGGCGGCGGCUUUGGUGGCAGUUCUGGACCAAUGUCAAUGGGAGGCCUGUUUAGUGGUGGUGUGCCCAAACUCCGUUCAUUGGGAGACAGCACAGCUGGCAGAACAGCACUGCGGCCUCCUGGUUCACGUCCAGCACUGCCCCGUGUUCCCAGCAGUCAAUUUGAUGAGGAACGUGCCUCUCCUCCCGAGCAAUCUCGGAAUCCCCGCCCUUCUCUGCCUGACAUCUCCAAACCGAGCAUCGGAAGCAGUUCUGCAAAACCCAACAGCUCUGCACCUCCUCCCCCUCCUCCAUUCAACAGACGUGGCAACAACACUCCCCCCACUCCGCAACAGGUCCCUAGCCGAGCUGCUGGCCGAGAGAAGCCCCUCCCACCGCUGCAUGCAAACAAAGCCCCUCCUCCCCCAUCACCAAUCCUGCCAAAGAGCAGCCCUUUAUCUCGUCCUCCACCUGCUUCUUCUGCUCCUCCACCCCCGCCUCCGUACCGACAGCCCCCCUCAGUGACUGAUGGCGAUCCACCUCCCGAGCUACCACAGAGAAGGAACUCACUGAACAGGAGGCAAAAUGGAAAUGCUCGCAGCCAAGCCCCACCACCUCCUCCACCGCUACAGCAGGUCCAGAAAAACAACCGACCCCCGCCUCCGUCUCGAGACGUUCCCGGACGCAGACAAGCACCCCAGAUUCCCCCUUCUGCACAUCGAAAUGGGACUCGAGAAGCACCUCCUCCUCCUCCACCUCCAUCGCGCAUGCACAGCGCAGCCCCAUUAAACUCUGAGCCACCAAGCCGAGUGAGGCCCCCACCACCCACAUCAUCCAGUCGCCUACUCUCGUCACAUCCGCCUCCACCUCCCCGCAACGGACACAACUUUGUGUCCAAGGCGUUUGUUGAUGACUUUGAGUCCAAGUACUCCUUCCAUCCUAUAGAGGACCUGCCACCACCAGAAGAGUACCGACAGUUCACAAAAAUCUAUCCAAGCAAAACCAACGGAGCUGGGAUGAGAGGAGCUCCUCCAGCGCCUCCUGUUGGAAGAUGAGCUCCACUUAGGGAGGAAAAUCCCUAAACCUUAACCAUUCCCAUGCACUCAGUAACUGUAUUGAGAUAUUCUCAGGUAAAGAGAAUUGUAAGCCUUUUCUUAAAAUAAUAAGAAACUUUUAGAGAUGAAUUUUUGCACAUCGAAUUACUAUAAUUUUUACAUUUGCAUAUAAAUUGUAACUAUGCAAAAAACACAUUCCUAUACACUUAUAUAAUGACCUAAAUGAAUAAAUAUUAGGGAACACUACAUUAUCUCUGAACUGCUCCUGCCUGACGUACCUGUAGACCUGUAAAACUGUGCAGUGCCAUAAUCCUGAUCAGUUCUGAUACCUGCUCCUGAAUGGUGAAUCGAAAUGAUCGUGUUGUGUUUAACUCUAAAUAACCAAAAUACAUAAGCUAUAUUUAGAUUAUCCAAUUUUUCUUUAAGCAACUUCAUUUUGUUGUAAACGGUGCAAACACAUUACUUCUAUCAAUAAAAAAGGGAAGUUUUGUACUGACAUGUCUUUACCUGACAUCUCCUAAACACAAAAGAUCUUGAAUAUUUGUUUAGAACAGACCAAAUAAAGUGCCACUAAACCCACAGUAUUUGCAGUAGGUCUUGCCAUGUUUGUGUGGAUGGCCUGCUUGUGUAUGUGUGGUGUUAUCUGUGCUACUUACUUUAUCUAGAACCGUGAAUUUCCUUAAGAUUUGACUUCAAUUUUGCCAUCACUUUUCUGGUACCAGUUUAUUUUUUUAUUUAACACUAGUCUUUUUAAUGGAAAAAUUGAAAUGUUGUAUAAUACACUAUUAUAUGCAGUAAAAGAUUUCUAUUUUAAAAUUUUGUAAUAUAGAGAAUUAAACAUAUAAAUAAAUAUAACUAUUUACUGUAUAACAAUACAAGGUUAAUUUUCUGGAGGUAAACCACAUUUCUGUUUUCAUGGUUUGCCUGCAUGUAGGCAGGAAGUGGCCAGAGGAAAACUGUGAUUUUUUUUUUUUUUUUAUCUCUGUAGGUUUGUCUCAGCAAGUUGUAAUUGUUAUGUAACAUUAAAAUGUAAUUAAUUAGUUACUCUGAGCUGCCAUAUGUUCAUGGCAGAACUGUUGGUAUGUUUGUGUAUGGCUGUUGGGUUACAAUUUUAAAUAAAAUGGUUAUGGGAAAAA